AAUGAUAUCAGAUUGUCGUAUAUCGGUUGGGCGUUAGGUUACGAAUUUUGGUAAUUUUCUGGGUCUGGUUUAGAUACUACACUUGCGAUACUUGUUCAUUUUUCGCCAUGGCGCUUUGGGUUUCUGCAAAAUUUUUAGCGCUUUACUUAAUCUUUCCAAUAAAAAUUCUUAAACAGGGAGUGUUUGUACGCGGUAGCCAUCAGUUAGACACCGGAUCAACUCAUGGCUUAUGGAAUAAAAAUGCCGUGCCUUACUACCUUGACCCUGUAUAUAAUGAAACGGAAGCCAGCAUUAUAAGAAGAGCGAUCUACAACGUAAUGCAUCAGAUGAACUAUUGUGUGACCUUUGUGGAAGUGUCACUUUCGAGUCCGACAUAUAAGGUUCACAUUACUCCCCUGACUGGAAACAGCAGAAAUAGCCCUCCACAUGCCUUAUGUUUUACAAGCCCAGGGAUUGAUCCCCAAACAAAAGCCACAUCUGAAGAGCAGAUUUUGUCGGUUGCUCGUGGGUCCCAAGGAUGUCUGGACGGCACAUUGCGGAGCGUGAUGCGGCUUAUAGUUCUGGUACUUGGUCGGCGCAAUGAACACCAGCGAUCGGACAGGGAUCAAUACAUCACGGUUUAUUCCGAAAACGUUACGUACCCGGCAGCUUUCAACAAAUAUCAUUCUGGACAAGCGUUUUGGAAUUUAUUUCCAUAUGAUCACUGUAGCAUUACGCAUGUUUUUCCGAGCGAUUUUGCAAGGCCAGGAACAGUGUCCUUUAACUUGAUUGAGCCGUCAGCAUCCAUUCCGAAAACCGACCAGCUCAGUUUCACUGACUGCAGGCUUUUGAGCUUGCUCUAUGGUUGUGACCCUACGAAAUGUCCGCAGAAACCUCACUGCAGUCCCAGUCCCUCGACAACGAGCAAGGAAAAUGUAACGGAGAGUUCCAACGAGCACGAGUUUUCCCGUUCGACACUUUCUGUCGAAGAACGAACCACAUCAGGCUUUAGUGCCACGACCGGCACCCGCUCCAGUGCCACAAGUUCGCCCUCACAGGCAGCGAAUACUACACGUAGUUUAGUGGCAAACUUGAUAACCAGCGAUGGGAUGACUUCCACCGGAACUUAGAACUCGGCUCAGGAUACGCGACUACGCUUCCCGCUCUGCUAGGAAACAGCACCGUAACAUCGAGCACCGGAACCAGUGUUAUUCUGGCUACCAGCACAUCCGGAACCAUCGGCAAUUUUACCGAAGCAGAGUUAGCUGUAUCAACUGGUGUGCCAACUACCGCUCCAGUGCCCGUUAUACAGAAUACACAGUUCGGGAACGCAACUUAGAAUCCUGCGACAGUGGGGAAAUUUCAGAUUCGAUGUCUGCAACGUAACCUUCUCCCAUCGAUAUUUUUAACUUGUUGCGCGGUGUUCUGUGCAAUAAGUACAGAUAACUUAGCACGAUGUCUUCAUACUGCUGCAGUUGGUUAAUUAGUGACGUCUACGAAAGAGUGUAAACGCGUGACUUUACUUUAGUACGAACCCUUAUGUUAAUACAUUAACGCACUCGCAGUUGUGCACUGCUAACGUUUUUAAAGCAAAAUCAUGAAUUUCACUCGCAGCAUUCCUGAUUAGCGAUUCAAGGAAUCUUUAAAAAUGGUUGUGUUAGCCACAAUGAAGAGAGACGACAGAAUUAAUGUCGUGCACCACGGUACCGGGG